AUGAAAUUUCUCCUGCUGACCGCGCUCCUCAGCGCUCUCAUACACGCCCAUCCAGGCCCUCACCCCCAGCCCGACCCCGUCCAUUUAUCUCGCCGAAGCGCGGUAGCCAAAAAAUGCGCCAACUCGGUAGGGCUGAUGAAGCGCAAACGCCACGCGAUGCGGCGCCAGCUACUGGCCCCGGGGCAAGUCACCUACGGGGGCACCAACCACACGGCAGAGGCGAGUGUGCCGUCCUACGACUUCCUGAAGAACGACACCUGCAUCCUGACCCCGGAGACUAGUCCCGGGCCCUACAUCUACCCGCGCAGUGAGGUGCUGCGCCAGAACAUCACCGAGGACCAGCCCGGGGUGCCCUUUGAGCUGGACAUCGGUCUCAUCGACAUCCAUACCUGCGAGCCGUUAACGAAUGUGUUGAUUGAUAUCUGGCACUGCAACUGGAAAGGCAAAUACAGCUCCUUCACGGGCCUUAAUCCUGAUGUGACGUUCCCGGAACAAUAUCUCGAGCGAACCGGCAAAAAGCUCCAGGCGUCCAGUGGGCAGGGGGAUACCUCAUUUCUCGCAACAGACAACACCACUUGGCUCCGCGGGAUGUGGCCGACCGAUCGGAAUGGAGUGAGCAAAUUCAACACAGUCUACCCGGGCUUUUACACCGAUCGUGCUGUGCACGUUCACUUGCAAGCCCACACCAACUGGACCCUAGCGAGCAACGGCACCAUUGCGGGAGGGAAAACAGUCAGCACAGGCCAGAUCUUCUUCCCGGAGGAUGUAUCGGCAGAGGUGAUGUCGGUGCAGCCGUAUGCCAACCAUACUCAGACUACUCGGAAGCCGGUCAACCUGGAUGGUGUCUACGUGACCGAGUCGGAGACGGGGGCCAUGACCAUUCUAGAUACCGAGCCUCUCGACGGGAAAGACUAUAAGAAUGGAGUGCUGGGAUACAUUACCUUCGGCGUCGAUACGACGGCAAUCCACGACGGCAGCACGAAGAACCCAAAUCCUAAAAUCAGUGCCGUGCCUUCCGCUGCUUAG